AUGGCAUUUUUAAAACUUCAUCCAAUUCAACCUUCUGAUAUUAAAUCACUAAGUUUUGAUCCUCGUAAAGUUUAUUUUCGACUAUUACCGACAGGAGAAAGUCUACAGAGAAAAUGGUUAUCAUAUUGCGUUGAGAAUAAAAGUGUUUAUUGUAGUAUAUGCAUGGCAUUUUCUAUUGACAAGAACACAUCUUUUUGUACUGGUUCAGUAGUUAAUAUUAAAGACUUGUACGAAAGACUCAACAAACAUGAAAAGUCAUUGAGUCAUUCUGAUGCAACUUCAUAUUAUUUAAUAAAUAAAUCUGGAGCGAAUGUAGAAAAUCUUAUCAAUACUGAAAGAGAAUUAGUUGUGAAAAAUAACCGAGAAAUAGUUCAUCGUGUAAUUAACAUAAUACUUUUACUCUCAAAACAAAAUGUAGGUUUUAGAGGUAAACGCUAUGAAUCUGCUUAUGAUUUGAAUAAUUUACAAAACAACCAUGGGAAUUUUUUAGAAGUUGUUAACUUUUUAUCUACAUAUGAUCCAGUAAUGCGAGUUCAUGUAGAUAAAGUUUCUAAAAAAAGUGCAGAAAUGAAAAAAAUAAGAGAAGCGAACACAUCUCAGAAACAUGGCCGUGGUUUACUAAUUAACUAA